CCCGGAAUUGCCGAUUAAGCCCACACCACUUUCCGCUCGUUAUAAAUCCCCCGACACGCACUCAUUCAACAGCUCCAAGAACAGAGCGAACCGAGCACUGAAUCUGAAGGAGAGUGAGCUGUCCAAAGCCUCCUCCACAAUGGCGCACCACCUCGCGCUGCUCCUGCUCCUGCUGGCCUCGCCGGCGGCGACGCGUCUAGCAUCCGCCGCCUGCGGGAGCGAGAAGUUCCCAGCGGGGCGCGCGUACGCGUCGUGCGAGGACCUGCCGAAGCUGGGCGCGUCAAUCCACUGGACGUACGACGCGUCCAAGACCUCCCUGUCCGUGGCGUUCGUCGCGGCCCCCGCGGCGGCCGGCGGGUGGGUGGCGUGGGGCCUGAACCCGACGGGGGAAGGCAUGGCGGGGACGCAGGCGCUGGUGGCGCUGGCGGGGUCCGGGUCCGCGGCGCCCACCGUGCGCACGUACAACAUCACGGGCUACGUCCCGCUCGGCAAGGCGUCGACGCCGCUCGACUUCCCGGCCACCGACCUCGCCGCGGACGCCGCCGGGAGUGGAGGCAAGAUCCGGGUGUACGGCAAGCUGCAGCUGCGCAAGGGGAUGAAGGCCGUGAACCAGGUGUGGCAGGUCGGCGCGUCAUCCACCGGCGGCGCACCCGACAAGCACGCGUUCCAGGCGGAUAACCUCAGCGCCAAGAGCAAGCUCGUCCUCGCCGGCAAGGCCGCCGCGGCCGAGGCCCCCUCGCCUGCCUCCCCCGCGCCCGAGGCCGGCGGCCCGUCCGCGUCCGGCGCAGGCAGCGACAGCGGCGCGGCGUCGUCCAUGUCGCCCUCCAAGUCGCCUAACGCUGCUGUGCCCGCGGCUGGCGUGUCCGCGCCCGCACUCCUCGUGCUCGCGCUGGUGGGCUUCUUGGUGACGGUAUGAUGAUGAUGAUGAUGCAUGGUGGCUGGAUGGUGGGCGGUGGCACCAUUCCCAGCGAAGGUGGCGGCGGCGGCGGCGGUGGGUAGGGGAGGGGAGGAAAUAUUGUGGCUGUUUUAGUUCAUUUUUCGGUUUGUUUUUGGCCGUGAAAUAAAAAAAAGGGGGGUUGAUGUACUGCCGUACUGAUUGUUGAGCUGUUGUUAGGUAGGCAUGAUUUACUAUUUACUGUAGUGGACGCGGUGUUCAUCGGUUCUC